UCAACCCUUGUGAUUUCUUACUUAGUCUAGCUACUAGGUAGCCAAGUACCCAACCUAAGACACUGAAGCGACUAUACUUUAUAUCGACUGCAACGCUUUCUGCUAUUCGUCUAUUGAUUUUACUAUCUAUUAACCGUUGCUAUAUAGAGUAGAAUAGAACAGAAGAAAAACAGACAAGAGAGGUGGUAAACGGUCCGGGAUAUCCUAUCGCAACUUGUCUCCGGCUUGCCAAAGGUCGUAAUAACGGCCCGUCAUGAUUGGUACCUCGUUACCAGAGUACAUCUUCAUCCGUAUAUGCAUAUUCUUGCUGCAGUAUACCACGCCACUCUGCAUAGCAUGUCUGGUCCUCUUGGCAAUGUUCCACGGCUUCUGGGCAGCCGUGUCCGGUCCCAUUGGUAUAACGCUGGUGACCUACUGCUUGGUUGAUACGCUGUACACCAUUCUCAUCUAUAUACCGCACAAUCGGCGCUUAACAGAGGAGGCAAAGCACCCGCCGUCACUGGCACGUGAGGAUCGCCGCGCCCUAUUCCGGCGCUGCUUUGAGAAUGUGCCUGACGUCCGACGCUACCUGCAGAUGUGGUUCCUUGGCGCUGAUGAAUCAGAAAUGCGGAGAGAUAAUGUGCGCGACUUCGUCCUUUGGGCCUUCUUCGAUCUGUGGCCUGGUCAGGAGUCCAAAGAGGACGCGGCGGAGCUGGACGAGUACAUCGACAACAUCGAAAACCGUCUAGGGCGCAGAUUGGAGCCUGGGAGAGGAAAGGCAGAGAGUUUGCGGUUAACGCUGGACGAAGUGGAAACCCGAUACAGGAGUGUAGUGUGGUAUUUGAUUGUUGGCUUGGUCGACUUUGUGUCACAUUGCCGACUAGCGUGGAAUGGGUUUCAUUACCAUGCCCAGCAGUCGUCGACGAUUUUGUCUGUCAUCCCUCCACGGUUGCAGAAUUCCAUCACCCAAAAGUCUUCUGUGUCGGAGGGACUUAGCUAUUGGUACCGCCCACACACGGCCACUGACAAGCUUCCCAUCGUGUUCCUCCACGGUAUCGGCAUCGGUCUCUACACAUACGUCUCAUUUCUCUCACGGUUAAAUUCGGAGCCAUGGAAGAAAGAUGGGGAGGGUGAUAUUGGUAUUAUUGCCCUCGAGAUCCUCCCUGUCUCCUUUCGACUCACUGAGGCGCCAUUGACCAAACACGAGUUCUUAAAGCAAAUUACUACAAUCUUGAAUGCGCACGGGUGGGACAAAUUUGUGCUGGUAUCCCAUUCGUAUGGAACCGCACUGACAACCCACAUGCUGCGUUCGGAAAGCCUUGCCCAUCGGGUUGCGUCAGUAGUACUUGUCGAUCCAGUGACCCUUUUGUUGCAUCUACCAGACGUAGCACAUAACUUUACGCGGCGGAGACCAACGAAAGCCAAUGAAUGGCAGCUAUGGUACUUUGCGAGCAUGGAUCCUGGGGUAGCGCAUUGCUUAGGGCGGCAUUUCUUCUGGAAAGACAACAUUGUGUGGAAGGAAGAGCUACUGGGAGUGGACAGAAGUUCAUCUGCAGAUAUGGUUGGUACGCAUAAUAAAGGGGCGAAACCAUUGCGAAAGGUGGCGGUAUGUCUCGCCGAACGAGAUUUGAUUGUUGAUACAAAGACCGUCGCCCAAUACCUGGUUGCUGAUGGUGAUGGAUGGAUGGUCCCUGACUCUGCAGAAGGAAGCAACGCCAGCGAGAAGGGGUGGGCUAUGGAACAGAACAGAGGGGGUAGGGGCUACCUCACACGUGACGGUAUUGAGCUGCUUUGGCUUGGGGGAUUGGACCACGGGCAGGCAUUUGAUUCCGUCCAUAACCAGGAUCGACUUUGCGCUGUCGUACGGAGCUACUGCACAUACUAGAUGUACAUACAUCCACUGGCAUUGCCGUCGGUUCUUCUGCUGGUACUUAGCAGGUAUGAUACCAGCUU